AACGUAAAUCCUAACAAAAAGACCACGUAGAUAUCAGGAAGCUUACUAAUUGCCACCGUGUCAACACGUGUCGGAAAUAUACGAGCCAUAUGUGUUCCAUAUAAGCACAAAGUGAAUCACUAGCAAGCGUAUUAGCAAACGGAAAACAAGAUGGAGGAUAAGAAAAAGCCACCAACGACGGAGCAACAAGAGAAAGAAGUUAAAAACGACGACAUUGAGUCUAUCAAGAGCCCAUAUUUGGAUUAUGAUAACUUGGAAGAUUACAAGAUGAAAGGUUACGGAGCACAUGGCCACCAAGAACCUAAGCUUGGCAUGGGAGGUGGAGCCACUGAUGCUCCUACUCCUUCAGGUGGUCUUGGCCGCGGUGGAGGCGCUGCAUCGACGGAUCUUUCUUCUACCGGUGCGAUCAACCGUCAGGGAGUUCCGUGAAAAAACUAUAUUAUUAUGGGUAUGUGGGAUCGUCAAUAAACACAACAAGUAGCUUAGCCAUGUCCAAUAACUGAUCGAGUUUCGUUUCUUUAACGUGUUUGAAACACAAAAAAAA